CCAGGAUGCAGCGGGGAGAGGGCGGCGCUCGCCCCUUCAAGCAGAGGAAGAGCCUGGCYGCCAGGAUGCACGAAGUGACGGAGAUCCGGAUCAAGUACCCCAAUAAGAUCCCGGUGGUGGUGGAGCGCUAUCCGAAGGAGCAGACCCUGCCGCCCCUGCCCCGCCCCAAAUUCCUGGUGUCCCACGAGCUGCCGCUCUCCCAGCUCGCCGCCACCCUGCGGAGCCGGCUGUGCCUGGCGUCCUCGCAGAGCCUCUACCUGCUGGCGGGCGGGCGSGCGCUGCCCGCCGCCACGGCCACCAUGCAGGAGCUGUACCGCGAGCACCGGGAUGAAGACGGCUUCCUCUACCUCACCUACGCCUCCCAGGAGGCCUUCGGCUGUCCCAGGAGGAGCUGA